AGGAAAAAUUCCCCAAUGAGAAAUGCCCACGGGGAAGAAGCGCGGUCCGCUCGCUCGUCGCCGUCGCGGGAGACAGCGGUGUCGGGAGUCGGCGAGCGCCGUUAUCACGCGUCGCACACGAAUUUCUUGCGCUCGCUCGCCAUGGCCGAGUUGACGCUGAGCACCGUCUCGGCCAAGCUGACGCCUGAGAUUCUGCAGCGCGCCGUGCAGACCAUCUACGAGAAGCGCUUUCGAAAGGACGACACGGCCCGCGUCAAGGGCUACAAGGUGGCGUUCGCGUCCGAGAAGGGCGACGGCUUCCUCGGCAUCAUCUAUCGCGUGACGGCCACCUUGUCUGACGGCACUGAGCUGCGUCUCAUCGCCAAGGGUAUGCCGGCUAACGAGAAGCGCCGCGAGGCUUUCAACUGCGUCAGGUGGUUCAAGCGCGAGGUGCACUUCUACAACGCCGUAUGCCCCGUUUUCAAGCAAAUUGGUGGCAGAUACCUAGCCGUUGCUGAUUGUUACUACGCCAUGUCUGACGGCUCCAACGACUUCCUGCUGCUGGAGGACCUGGUUGAGUCAGGAUUUCGAAUGGCCGACAAGAAAGCGGGACUGAACACCAUCCAAACCAUAUCAAUCGUGAAGAUGAUUGCUCGUUUCCAUGCCCUUUCGCUCACUCUCAAAGUGCUGCAGCCAGAAAAAUUCCGCGAACUUACAACAGAUAUGGGAGAGUCGCUUUUCAACGAGAAUGGAGAGGCUUGGCUGGGGAACUACUGGGAGAACCUUGCGCAUCUGGUGGCGCGCGCUGUGGAACCGGAGCUGGCCGACACGCACUACCUGGAGCGCUUCAAGAAGUUCAGCGAGCGCAAGCACCUGUUCGCGCUGAUGCAGGAGUACGUGGCCGUGGACGAGCUGCGCAUUAUCAACCACGGCGACUCGUGGGCCACCAACUUCAUGUUCGACGCGACUGGCGCCAUCGCCAAGGCCAUCGACUUCCAGAUCACGCGCUUCGCGAGCCUCAUGACCGACCUCUCCACCAUCAUCUUCGCCUGCACCACCGAGGAGCACCGCAACAACAUCGGUGGCGUGCGCGGCAUCCUGCGCAUCUACCACGAGGAGGUGUUGACCGUGUUUGAAGCCCUUGAUAUCGACUUUCCUGAGGAAUUUUCGUACGACCGCUUGCAGCGUUUGUGGGUCAAGUUAGGCGGCUUCGGUUUGGCGCUUUCCAUAGAGCUGGUGCCCAUCUCCAUGCAGGACAAGGAUGAGGUCAAGGACUUGGACAACAUUGAAGAGACGGAGGCCACCACCUUGGAGGAAAUGACGCACUUUGAGGAAAUUACCAAGCCGGAGCAAGUGAAGCGGCUUGUUGACAUGAUCAAACUGGCUGUUGACCAUGGCUGCAUCUAGUGAAAUGUUAUUUUGUCGAUUGACACUGCCAUAUUGUGCUAAAGAAAAUUGAUAUUUUUCUUUUAAAAUAAGAAGCGGUACCAUUUUUGCGGUGAAACCGUCGCUCCCGCGUAGAAAUAAGAUGUUUUGGCGCGUGAGUGCUGAUAUUGAGAAUUUUUAGACAGUGCCAGUCCAUUCAAAGUUAGACACGAAUAUUUGUGUAUCAGUGCAUUCUUGUAAAUUUGAAUAGUCUACUUAAACUUAACACAAAGGUUAACGGCACUUUAUCCAAUCCUGUUGCCGUCACCAGUGCCAAAAAUAAAUAUAAAGACUGCAUAUUUGGAAUACCAAAUUUUUUGCAAAUCAUUAAAUCAGAAAAAAAUAUGCAAUGUUGCAAACUUUUAUGUGUUUAUUUUAGCAGUUUAAAUGUAUAUAUAAUCAAAAUGGUUGAUUUUUCCUGUCAGCAAAUAAAAAUCCCAGAAUACCGAGUGUUUUUUAAGGCCGUUUGUGGAGGGGUAUACCAUAAAAUGCUCUGGACACAGCAAAUAAACCAUGAAAGAAAAUCCAUCUGCAGAAACCAACCAAUAAAACCGCAAGAGCUAUAUCAUUCUGCCACAGGAAGCGUCACAAUUGCAUUCCUAUUCUGCAAUUUUUACAGAUAAAUUCGAAAAAUAUGUUUGUCCAAUAAAUUCCCAUAUAAUGCGUGGUGUGCACGAAUACAUAAUUUUAUCUAUAUGAUCUAUAUAGAAUACAUCACAAAAAUUCAAUGUAUGUUAUUUCAAGUAUCAAGUUGCAAUAAAAAUUACUAGAUAAUGA